CCCCCCCUCCAAACCCUCUCCACCUCUAACAGCCCGUUAUCCGGUACAUUCCUCAGCUCGUCUGCAUGCUGCCUCUCCCCUUCUGUCCUUCCUCUGCGCUUCUGUACGCCGUCACAAGCAAGUGGCAACGGGAUAUGUCGAGGCUUGUGUGUGGAGGUGUGUGUGUGCGCCCGGAUGGGAAUAUCAUGCAGAGAACAUUUAUUUCCAAUUGUUCUUUUUACUGGGUCCAACUUAUGCUGGAGUUGGUACAGUAUAUUGUGAAAUUGGAUUCAUAUUCAUUAAAGAUUACUUCGAUAUCUUUCACUAUUGAAUGGGCGUAAUUUGCACUUUUGGAUUGGAAAAUUGGAUUUUGUCAUUAUGGAAGAUGAUGUAGAACCUACUAGAAGAACUCUAAGGUUUAUUUCCAUUGUCUUCUCUUUGACUAUCAGCAGUUGCAUUGGAUUUUCAUUGAAGAACUGUCGAAUCAGUUUGGACGAAGCCCUUUGUUCGGGCAGCAAACUUCAAGCUGUUCCUCGGGACAUCCCGUCGUCGGUGAAAGGGUUUGACUUGACCGGGAACAGAAUAACCAAAAUACAAGUCGGCGACUUCAGGAAUCACACAGCGCUGAUAGAGUUAAACCUAAAGCGCAACAGUAUUUCACAAAUAGAGAAAGGUGCCUUUGCCGACCUUCGCUCGCUCCAGAAGCUAAAUCUUAAUAAUAACCACUUGCGACAAUUGGGAAACGUUUUUGAUGGUUUGAGCAACCUGACCGAACUAAGAAUCACAAGCAAUAACAUCAUAACUGUGCUGUCGUCAUCUUUCAAGCCUCUAAGGAGCUUGACCUUUUUGGACCUGUCCUACAACAAAAUACAGAAAUUGUUAGAUAUUCAUAACGCAAUACAACAUCUACCAAAUCUGCUGUCUCUUAUAAUCAAAAAAAUCAGUCUAAGACAUUUUCAAUCUUGGGAAUUGACCAACAGCACAGUAGGCAUCCGAUACCUUGAUUUAUCUCAGAAUGCCAUAGAUGUCUUCAACGUUACCGCAGAUGUUUUUCAAAACCUCACUUGGCUAAACAUCGGCGGUCCCUAUAGAAAGCAUAAGAUGACAUGGUACCUUCGUGAGCCAAAGCUGUUCAGCCGAGUGUCCAGCCUCGAUAUUGGCGGGAUUCGCUUGGAAAACAUUACAGCGUUUUUCGAGAGAUUCAAUUUUUCACUGACCUCUCUGAGGAUGAAUGCGAUGAAAUACAACCUCAAAGAGCUGCUCAACGUCUCCUGCACCAUCCCUACACUAACAACGCUCCAAAUCAGAAAAAAUAACUUCAAGCUGAUGGAUUCAGGUCUGUUCCAGCUGUGCUCCAGUGUUACUGAGUUGGAUCUGGCUGAGAAUCACAUUCGAAGCAUCUUCAACGACUCCUUCAGAGCCUUUCUUGUUCUGAAGCGCUUGAAUCUUAGCCAAAAUAAGCUUUCCUUGGUACCGCCUGCUGUUAGGAAUCUGACGAGCCUUCUGGAACUGGACCUAGGCUCCAACAACAUCAGCUCUCUCGGUUGUCACGACUUUGCCAAUUUAGGCAAACUCAAUGUGCUCAGUCUUAACCAGAACUUCAUUAGGACCGUAAAGCAGUGCAUCUUCAAGGAUCUGACUAAACUUCGUGUCCUGAAGAUGCAGAUGAACAAAAUCACUAGAUUGAAUGACGCUUUUAAACGAUACUUGCCAAAUCUCAGACAACUGGUCCUGCACAAUAAUACCCUCACCACUAUUGAACAGGGAGAGUUCGAGGGCUUGCGGUCUCUUCAGAGCUUGUCACUGCAGAAUAAUCAUAUCAAUAAGCUUAAACAUGGCUGUUUUAAGGGACUGACUAUGCUCACAGAACUCCUACUACAAUCAAAUAACAUCCGAGAGAGCGAGAUAACCCAGGAGGUGUUCAAUGAGCUCAAUAAUUUAACAAGGUUGGUUUUAUUGGAUAAUCACAUAAAAUACAACUCCAACGCAGCUUUACCUAAGCCGCCAUUUUCCCAUCUUUUUCGUCUGGAGGUCCUCGCCAUGGCGGGUCAAAGCAGCAGGAUCAUUGGCUCUUUGCCUCGCAACUUCCUGCAAGGCUUGACCAACCUCUUGGUUUUUGACACCAGGAAUGUCCAGAUCUUGUCCUUGCACCAAGACAUAUUCAAUUACACGCCUUACCUGCAGAAGCUUGACAUUAGCACAAAUGAGCUCACAGAUGUUUCGCCGCAUUUGUUUGACCCCAUCCCGAACCUUCUGAGCCUCUACAUUUCCCGAACGACUCUUCAAUCGCUAGAUUUUUUAAAUAAGGCCAACCUUACAAAGCUGGAGUUCCUGCAAGCACGAAAGAACCAUUAUUCAGUCAUCACAGAAGAACAACUGGACUCCCUUUCUGGUCUGUUUUAUCUGGAUCUUCAAGGCAACAGUUUUACCUGUAACUGCGACAACUCAGGGUUUAUCCAGUGGAUAAACUACACCAAAACGCAAGUUUAUGAUGCCUAUAACUUUGUGUGCAACUACCCGCUGCACCUUAAAGGCACUAAGCUGCUGGACCUUGACAUCCGAUCCUGUUCGGUGGACGUACAGUUCCUCUACUUCAUCUCUACCACAUGUGCUACCUUCCUGUUCAUGCUGAUGACCUUCACCUACCAUUUUCUGCGAUGGCAGCUGGCCUAUGCUUAUCACCUCUUCCUGGCUUUCCUCCAUGAGAGGAAGCACAGGAACGUGCCGCCUCAGUGUCACUUUGAUGCCUUCGUCUCAUACAAUGCUCACGAUGAGCUUUGGGUCUUGAGAGAGUUGCUGCCCAAACUGGAAGGGGAACAGGGCUGGAAGUUGUGUCUGCACCACAGAGACUUCCAGCCAGGAAAGCCAAUCAUUGACAACAUCACAGAGGCCAUUUACGCCAGCAGGAAGACUAUUUGUGUUAUCAGUCGGCGAUACCUGGAGAGCGAGUGGUGCUCCAGGGAGAUUCAGGUGGCCAGCUUCCGCCUAUUCGACGAGCAUAAGGACGUCCUCAUCCUGGUCUUCCUGGAGGACAUCCCCAUCUAUGAGCUGUCUCCUUACUACCGCAUGAGGAAGAUGCUGAAGAAGCGGUCCUUCCUGAGCUGGCCUCGGGCUGUCCAGUGCACCAACCUGUUUUGGGAGAAUCUCCGCCAGGCCCUGAAAGCCGAAGAAGAUCUGGGCGGGGAAAGGUUGCAGUUGACUGUGGAGGACAGUGCGUGGCGAUGAUGAUGAUGACGAGGAAGGUAAGAAGCUACAGGGACUCUUUGGUCAACAUCCAGAAGGAAUCAGCAAACUGGUUGUUUCAAACAUGACAAGGAGGAAGGUUUCUUGCAAAUAGUUAUGUUUUAAUUAAGCUCAUUUGAGAUUGAACCUUAGUUAGAAAACAUGGUCGCCUUUAAGCAAAAUGUACAGUUUUAGCAACUAAGAUUCCAUGAGUCAUUAUCUGUUUGAUUUAAGAUUAUAAAGCUUUGAGAAUAUUACAUGUAUGCUAGCACGCCCUCCCAAGCAUUAUUUUACAACCCACAGAGGGCGCCACUAAUCACUAUUAUUCAGACUCCAGUACACGUGUGGUAUUAAAAAUGUCUUUAAUAAAUGAUCAAGCAAUACCUUUUCCAAUAUUUGAGAACUCCAGUCAAAAACAGAGCUUACAUGGCGGUGUGUAUUUUUGCCAUAAAAGGAGCAAAGCACUAAUGUAACAGUUCAUGCUGCAGGUUUUAGUUCAUUGCUGGGGAGUCAAGGUGCUUUUCUUCCUACGCUCACUGCCAGAAAAUAACUUGAUUGGACAUUUGUUUAUUGAAAAAAGACAGAAGCUUUAAGAUGCAGCGCUGUCAAAGCUGUGCUGCAACCUUCCAUGCUUCAGGUGUGUGUGAAAUGAGUCAGUGGCAAGAUGUCAAUGCUGGUCUUUGCUUGCGUGGUAGUCGUGCCUGGACUGCUUGGGCAAUUGUUGUCAACAUUUGGGAGCGAGCCAGGAGUGAGAGCAGAUGAUAAUCAUCUUCAACCUGCGGUAUCCUUGUGUGGGUGUUGAGGAAUGAUGGGGGAAAAAAAACACCAAUACAUGUCUCAUGUUGCAUUUUAUCCCACAAAAAUGCAUGAUUCAGUUUUCAACCAACAGUUUACAUAAUAAAAUUGUGAUUGUUAUUCCCCCAGGGGAUAAUACAUUUAAGGGAACCUAUUAUGCAAAAUCACAUUUUCUUUCCUCUCGGUAUCUGUUUUCUGCAUUUGGAAUCUGCACAAGU